UAACCCUCACAUGUGGCACAGGUAGCAUUUCCUCUUGGUGACUGAAGCAAUGGGAGCUGUUCAGGUCUUGGUUAUUUGCGUGCUGACUGUUUUUCUUGCUAAAGGCUCUUGUUUGCCAGUUGGUGGCCCAAAUGAAAGACAUGAUGGGCUGCAGAGGAGAGUAAGAGCCAGGGCCGCUGUGGAGCCGGCGACGACCACGCCGGGCGGGCCCACUGUGGCGACGACCACGCCGGGCGGGCCCACUGUGGCGACGACCACGCCGGGCGGGCUCACUGUGGCGACGACCACGCCGGGCGGGCUCACUGUGGCGACGACCACGCCGGGCGGCUCACUGUGGCGACGACCACGCCGGGCGGGCUCACUGUGGCGACGACCACGCCGGGCGGGCUCACUGUGGCGACCACGCCGGGCGGGCUCACUGUGGCGACGACCACGCCGGGCGGGCUCACUGUGGAGCCGGCGACGACCACGCCGGGCGGGCUCACUGUGGCGACGACCACGCCGGGCGGGCUCACUGUGGAGCCGGCGACGACCACGCCGGCGGGCUCACUGUGGAGCCGGCGACGACCACGCCGGCGGGCUCACUGUGGAGCCGGCGACGACCACGCCGGGCGGGCUCACUGUGGAGCCGGCGACGACCACGCCGGGCGGCUCACUGUGGAGCCGGCGACGACCACGCCGGGCGGGCUCACUGUGGAGCCGGCGACGACCACGCCGGGCGGGCUCACUGUGGAGCCGGCGACGACCACGCCGGGCGGGCUCACUGUGGAGCCGCGACGACCACGCCGGGCGGGCUCACUGUGGAGCCGGCGACGACCACGCCGGGCGGGCUCACUGUGGAGCCGGCGACGACCACGCCGGGCGGGCUCACUGUGGAGCCGGCGACGACCACGCCGGGCGGGCUCACUGUGGAGCCGGCGACGACCACGCCGGGCGGGCUCACUGUGGAGCCGGCGACGACCACGCGGGCGGGCCCACUGUGGAGCCGGCGACGCUGCCGAGCUGGGCCAAAAAGGGCAUCUGGUGGCCUUUCAUCAAGAAGCCAUAAAA